UCCCCGCUGUAACGGGCUUUGCGGCCGGGGGGCGCCCCGCGAGGCCUUCACGCCACCCCUCAGCCUCCUGUCACCGCAGGGAGCGGCCGGCGCCGAGGGGUGCAGAGAGGUGUAGGGAAGGGCCAGCCGGCGUCGAGGGCCUGUGGAGGGCGCCCAGAGGCCGGAGGAGGGGCCGCCGCAUGCGGCCUUCGACGCUCCGGUCCGGGCGCUAAAGGGGUCGGUUCUUUUCAGAACAUCAGCGACCCCGGUACCAGGAUCAGAGACGUGCAUCUGGGGCUUCUCUCGGCCGCCGCGGUCCGAGAGUCCACGGCCGGGGCUUAGACUGUCCCCGGGGAGAAUAAAAACGUUUCCUCAACUUGCGCCCCAGGAGGAGUCCCCAAGGAAUGGGCAAAGAGUUGCUAACCGGCCGGGGGUGGCGGUAGGAGGGACGAGGCCACCUCCGCAGCCGCGGGCUUGCCACCACCUGCCCCCCAGGUCUGGCCGGGGGCGCGCUGCGCAGCCGGGUAGGUCCCACCGCCCUCGCUUCCCCACUGCCCCGCGGGCGUUCUCGGCGUUUCCGAAAGCACUUUCUGCGGAAGGCUGCUGCGGGCCUGGCCUUUCUGCCCGAAACAGAGCGUCUGUAAAUGUUUUGUUCGUGGAAUUGCCGGCCAUUAUGUGAUGUCGGAGUAAGCUGUCGUUCAACAGUUGGCGUGUGUUUUAUGGAACCCUGCCUCCUAGCCAGGGGCCAGGGAGUCUUGGCAGGCAAUGAACUUGAAAUUUGCAAGCAUACCUCGGUUUCAUCAAGCUAGGUUCUGUAUGAUGGGCAAGGUGGCACUCCUAGGCUGCAGCCAGACUCCAGAGCUUUGCACUACAUGAAGAGGCUCUAUAAGGCGUAUGCUACCAAGGAGGGGAUCCCUAAAUCCAACAGAAGUCCUCUCUACAACACUGUUCGGCUCUUCACAUCCUGUGCCCAGCACAAGCAGGCUCCUGGGGACCAGGCAACAGGAUCCGUUCCAUCAGUGGACCUGCUGUUUAACCUGGAUCGUGUUACUGCCGUUGAAAACUUAUUGAAGUCAGUCUUGCUAUACACUUUCAGCAACUCCAUUUCUUUUCCCUCUGCUGUUAAAUGUGUGUGCAACCUGGUGAUCAAAGAGCCCGAGUCUUCUAGCAGGACCCCCCAUAGAGCUCUGUCCUCAUUUACCUUUAACUUACAGUUUGAAUUGAAAAAGAAAUACACAUGGUUUGAAGUUGAUGUGACCACUCUUCUUCAGCCUCUAGUGGCCUCCAACAAGAAAAGUAUUCACAUGUCUGUAAAUUUUACCUGCACGAGAGACCAGGGGCAGGAUCCUUCAGCUCAGGACAGGCCAUUUAAUGUGACCCUCCAGGUGCCCCCCUCACUGCUUUUAUAUCUGAAUGACACAAGCGCUCAGGCUUAUCAUGGGUGGUGUUCCCUUCACUAUAAACGGAGACCUUCACGGAGUGCCGACCAGAACAGGGGUCUGUCCGUCUGCCCCCAGGGAGAAGGGUCGGCUGAGGGUGUAAGAUCUCCUCGUCACCGGAGAGGUCAGGAAACCAUCAGCUUGCCAUUGAACAAGCCUCGGGCUCCAGCUUCUUUGAAUCUGAGUGAAUACUUCAAACAGUUUCUUUUUCCCCAACAUGAGUGUGAACUCCAUGACUUCAGGCUGAGCUUCAGCCAGCUGAAGUGGGACAACUGGAUCGUGGCCCCGCCCAGAUACAACCCUCGAUACUGUAAAGGGGACUGUCCAAGGGCAGUUGGACAUCGGUAUGGCUCGCCAGUUCACACCAUGGUGCAGAACAUCAUCCACGAGAAGCUCGACUCCUCGGUGCCAAGACCAUCGUGUGUGCCUGCUAAAUACAGCCCUCUCAGUGUUUUGACCAUCGAGCCAGAUGGCUCAAUUGCUUACAAAGAAUAUGAAGACAUGAUAGCCACUAAGUGCACCUGUCGUUAAUGUCGGGUUCUCUAAACUAAAACCUUGAGCCUCUUCAGCAAGGGAAAUACCGUGUGCCUCUCUGUGCCUUCAAGGGAGAGCUCGGUGUCGAAUGGCUAUAAUGGGCUAUGUGUUGUGUACGGAGGUGCCUGUGUAGAUUCUGUGACAUCCAUCAGUGUAAAGUGGUAACAUCUGCCUUUAUUUUCAAAUGUAAAUGAAAUUAAUUUGGAGGGCUUCAAACCUUUUUCCCUGAGCGAUUUUAUUUUUCUUUUCACUGGGAGUCUGGUUUUUCAUGUAAGAAAAAAAUCUUAACAUAAAUCUUGGAUGGAAUUGCAGCUCUGAAUACAGUUCAGAGUGCUACAGUUUUAUUUAAUGGAAGAAUAAAUCCCUCUAGUGGCAUAAAUUUA